AUUCUCGUUUGGGCGCGAUUCAUAAAGCAGCCGUCUCUCGUUCUGCGUGCCAGCAAUCUUUCGUUUUGUGCUGGCUGUAUUUAUUUUGCUGUGACGCGUUCUACGGCUAUCUCGUCUUUCGUUUUUGUCAUUCGCUAAGCUCAAGGAAGUGCUUUUGGUCAGCACGAUAUUAGAGAUUGUUCAGCCUCGACAAGUCAGUGAUACAACAAGGUCGUAAACAUGAAGUCCGCCUUGGCUCUUGCGUUUCUUGGUGCCUCUGUCGGCGCCAUCAACGUCGACUUCACUAGUGAUGCCUCGAUCAAGGAUGGUGCGAGCACGAUUGCGUAUGGGCUCAUGAAGUAUUACAACGGCAACGAGACGGGCCACGUUCCAGGCAAUCUGCCCAACCCAUACUACUGGUGGGAAACGGGUGCUUUGUUCACGGCCUUGAUCGAUUACUGGACCAAGACGGGCGACGACACUUACAACACGGUGACGACGCAAGGCCUGCUGCACCAAGUCGGCACCAGCAACAACUUCCUGCCUGCAAAUCAGUCCAACACCGAGGGCAACGAUGACCAGGGCGUCUGGGCUUUGGCCGCCAUGGCUGCGGCUGAGAACGGAUUCCCGAGCCCGUCCAAGGACCUGCCGCAGUGGCAAGAUCUCGCUGAGAAUGUCUUCAACGAGUUUGUGGAGCGAUGGGACACCAAGACCUGCGGCGGUGGCCUUCGCUGGCAGAUCUUCAGUUUCAAUGCCGGCUACGAUUUCAAGAACUCGGCGUCCAACGGCGUCUUCUUCGACCUCGCUGCCAGGCUGUUUCUGCAGACCAAGAACAGCACGUACUCGCAGUGGGCUAGCGAGAUUUUCGAGUGGGAGCAGAAGGCUGGCCUCAUUACCGAUUCGUACCAGGUCUUCGAAGGCCUCCGCACCGAAUCCUGUGGUACCAUUGACAAGAUCCAGAGCGGCAUGAGCGCGGCUGUCUUCCUGCACGGAAGCGCCGUCAUGUACAACGCCACUACAUCCAACAACUGGAAGACACGCGUCGAUGGACUGGUCAAGAGUGUGCAGGAUACUUUUGUCAACAACGGCGUCUUGGUCGAGGCGGCGUGCGAGAAGCAGAAGACGUGCAACACCGAUCUGCAGGCUUACAAGGGCUUCCUUGUCCGAUCCCUCGCGGCGACGACGCAGCUGGCUCCUUACACCAGCGCUGCCAUCCAGCCGCUGCUCCUGACGAAUGCGAAAGCAGCGGCCAAUGCCUGUUCGGGAUCGCCCUCGUCCGGCUUUGCCGGCAAGUCGGGAACUGCGUGCGGAUUCUCGUGGGCUGCGAGCAACGGCACGGCUUUUGACGGCCUAACUGGCGUUGGCGAGCAGAUGAACGCCCUUUCUGCCGUCGUGUCGACGCUUUCCGUGGAUGCCAAGGCGCCGGGAUCUGGAAGCAACGGGACGAGCACUGGCGGUUCGGGCAAGCCUAGCGGAACGUCUGCACCGGGCCCGGCUUCUACGACGCCGAAGAGCGCUGGAAGUAGAGUUGCUGUGGAUGUUAUGGCGUUUUUGGUUGGUUUGGGCGGAGUUGUGUAUGGGUUGAUGUAAGUUGGGUGAGAUGAGUUGCAAGACUUGGACGCGAUGAGGUGGAUUGGUGGGCUGGAGCUGGUUAACAUUCUACAUAUACAUAUACAUAUACAUGUAUCUAUUUACCACAAUCUUUGGCUCUUUUUUAGGGAGAGCGGUGUUUGAUGAAGGUCUAUGAAUUAAUGUGAUGACUAUAGUUCUG